UAGCUAGCCCAAAAAUUACCCGUCAAUUUCGUGAAAGUGUAAACACUUCUGGCGCGCUCACUCCAAUCCUCCGUUUUCAAUUGGGGGAAAAGUUUAAACCCUAGAAAAAAAAUCCCUCAAUUGUCAAUUCGUUUAAGCCCAGAUCCUCUUUUCUCUAACAAAAAUGCCAAACGAUCAGCUCGAUUUUGUCGAAAUUCCCAGCGACGACGACGAAGAAUACGCCUUACCUCAGCCGCGAAGCAACAACCAAGGGCAUCCACAUUCGAAGGUUCCAGAAUCUUCCCCGAAUGUUGUUUCAGUAGAUUCCGAAUCCACGAAGCAGAAGCUUGAUUGUCGGAGUUUCUGGAAAGCCGGCGCCUAUGAAAUUGGCCCCUCAUCGUUUGUUCCUGCUCAAGGUGAAUUGGAGCAUGCCCGUGUCCACCCCAAGUUUCUUCACUCAAAUGCUACUUCUCAUAAAUGGGCUUUUGGUGCUAUUGCUGAACUCUUGGACAAUUCUGUUGACGAGAUACAAAAUGGUGCUACAUUUGUGAAGGUUGAUAAAGUUCUUAAUGUGAAGGAUAAUUCUCCUGCUUUACUUUUCCAAGAUGAUGGUGGUGGAAUGGAUCCAGAGGGCAUAAGAAAAUGUAUGAGCUUGGGUUACUCAUCGAAGAAAUCAAAUACCACAAUUGGACAAUAUGGCAACGGCUUUAAGACAAGUACAAUGCGUCUGGGUGCUGAUGUGAUUGUUUUAAGUCGCUCGACUAAUUCAGGGCGAGCUACGCAAAGUGUUGGUCUACUAUCUUAUACCUUCUUGCGGUUGACAGGGCAAGAUGAUGUCAUCGUCCCUAUGGUUGAUUUUGACAUUUCUAAUCAUUGGGCAGAGCCUAUAAUCUAUAGCUCGCAGGAUGACUGGACAACAAAUUUGAAAACCAUCCUUGAAUGGUCUCCGUUUGCUACAAAGGAGGAACUUAUGAUGCAGUUUGAGGAUAUUGGACCUCAUGGAACGAAAGUAAUAGUAUACAACCUUUGGCUGAAUGAUGAAGGCAUAUACGAACUAAGUUUUGACGAUGAUUAUGAGGACAUAAAUCUACGGGAUGAAGCUAGUCGAGUGAAUGGGUUGAAAGUAAACAAGCGAACACUUGAAUUGCAAUCACACAUCUCGUACCGCCUCCGCUAUUCGUUGCGGGCCUAUUCUUCCAUUUUGUACCUAAGGAAGUUGAAGAACUUUAAGAUUGUGUUGAGGGGUAAACCUGUACAGCAAUUCAAUAUUGCAAGUGAGCUUCUACAUAAAGACAUUGUAAACUACAAGCCACAGCUUGCUGCAACGUCUCAGGAGGUCGUAGUUAAAACAACCAUUGGAUUUAUAAAAGAAGCUCCAGAUCUGAAUGUCUCUGGAUUCAAUGUGUACCAUAAAAAUCGUCUCAUAAGGCCUUUCUGGAAGGUCGCACGUGAUGGUAGUUCUGUGGGGAAUGGUGUUGUUGGUGUUCUUGAAGCAAAUUUUAUAGAACCAGCACAUGAUAAGCAGGAUUUUGAGAGAUCUUCGCUCUUUAUUCGGCUGGAAACAAGGAUGAAGCAAAUGGUUAAUGAUUACUGGAAAAGCCACUGUCAUUAUGUUGGAUUCCAGCGACGUGAUCAGCCUGUUUCUAAGAUAAAAAAAGUUUCUCAUGCUGAUGACCAAGUGAUUGGGCAUUCAAAAUCUGGGACUGGAGCUCAGGAAGGAUUAGUUUCAAAACGACCCCGUGUUGAUCUUUCUUCUGGUUCUAGAAAAAAUUAUCCGGAGGAUGCGUCUAUUCGGAAGUCCAUAGUUGAGCUCUCUGCUGAUGAAGAGGUGAAUGAUUCUAUAGCCUCUCUAUCUAUCGAACAAAUUUGUGAAGAGAACAUUCAAUUAUUCACAAGGUGUGAGGAGCAUGUUCAGAAAGAGCACGAGCUAAAGCAGACGGUCAACAAACUAGAGAAAGAGUUGGAAGAAACAAGAAGAAAAUGUGCACAACUUGCAGCGUACUUGGAAAGCCGGAAGAAACAGCAGAGUCUAAUGCAGCAAGUAGGGCAUGUCUAGUUGAUGUGAUGGUAAUCGGAGAAGGUGAAUGCUAAAGCCAAGAAAUUGAAUGAAUAUCAUCUAAGCAAGCUCUUCCCUUUUAUUGAAGUUCCACCUGCAGAGCAACCCUCACGUGGAUCGCGUUUUGCUUUUUGGUAAUCCGAAGUUUCCGUGGAAGUUUGUGGUUUCUCUUGUUGUAAAUAUGACUAAAUAUAGUAAGAUGAGGUCUACUUUGCUGUAUGUCUUUGUAACUUGUGUGUAGUUCCUUAAGAAUGAUAAUCCUAGAGUUUCGUUCAAUUUGUUUAUGUAAACUAUAUGUAAGCUAAUCACUAAGAUUAACUCUUCUAGAAUAAGACCUCUAUUAGGAAAUUUUAUUAGUCCUUUGCAAUCUAGAUUUAUUACAGGUAGUGGGAUUGAAGAUAA